AGGGUCUUCUCCAUUCCUUUAUAUCCUCCUUUUUCUCUUCCCCUCGGUCUCUCAACCUGGUAAUGGGUUACUCGAUGAAUUCGAUUCGGGCCAGGCAAGGGUUUCGACUGGUCGAUGACAUCCCAACCUGGGAUAGAACAUAUCUAGGGAAAUCCUGGUUUGAAACGAUGAUGCUGAUACCCAAACGCAAUCGCUCUGAAAUGGAAAGGGGUCCCAUGUCGUUUCCUCCUUUCCUUGGGCCGAUCCAUCCUCCGGCUGCAAAUGCAGAGAAGCUGUCAUGGGGUGCCAUUGGGCGAAGACGUUGCUGAGCCGCACGGCAGCAGAAAUUAAAUAUGGGCAUCCCUGACAAUGAGAGACUUGCUCUUCCGCCUUGAGUCCCUGAUAAUUAUUUGAUUUAUCAAUUCGAGCAUGAUGGAGCUAGGCAAAUCCAUUGGCAACUCUGUGUGGAAAGAAUCGACUCCCAAUGUAACGUUGCUCGUAUUUUGCACUACUUUGGCUGCUGUGCCGUCUAGUACCAGGCACAAUAAUGCAAUCAUUCCGUACCUAGCGGCCCCAUGGAAGGCUCUGGAUAUGGCGUUGAUCCGGGGUAUUAAUGACGAAUUGGAAAUUCCCCACAUCCUUUCCAAAGCCCCGUGGUAGUUGGUCGAAUGACGGCGAAACUGAUGAUUGAGAUGGAAUGCACAGUGAAUUGUCUGCUACGUACCGGGAUAUAAUUCCUUGAACGACCGCAAUUUAUCGGAAGAGCUCGCUGCACUUCUAGUAAGGCGUCAGUGGCUACUGACCGCCGAU